AUGCUAAAGCGACUCCUGGCGUGGUGGACGCAGAAGAGCCCGCGCGAUCUCCUGCUUGAAAACAUUGCCGACGCGCGCCACUUCGAAGAAUGGGAGGGCGCUGCGUACAAACUCGACGAGCUGCAAGGCUACGAUCUUUGGCGCCAGAAUGCCACCAGCAAAUACUACAACUACCGCCUCAUCCACAAGCGCCUCACCGCCCUCAUUGAGGCCCACGAAGACGAUGACAUGCUGAGCCUGAUCGGCCUGCUACGGAGCGGCCUGGUGCGCAACCUUGGGAACAUAACCGCGCCGCGCCUGUUCAAUCGCGCGUACGGUGGUACGAAGCUGCUGAUCGAAGACUAUGUCACGCAGGUCGCGUACGCCGUCGAGUACUUGACGCAGUAUCCGACCACGGCCAGCUCGGAUACAGGGCUGACGAACCAGGCGAAGCUGGACGUGCUGCACGACACACGGCAGGCAUUCGGCAGAUCGGUGCUGGUGCUGCAGGGUGGUCAGAUCUUCGGUAUCUGUCACCUGGGCGUUGUCAGGGCGCUGCAUUUGCGCGGACUGCUGCCUCGUAUUGUCGCUGGGACGGCCACCGGCGCCAUCAUCGCAGCUCUGGUGGGCGUGCACACCGAAGACGAGCUGCUCGAUUUCCUCAACGGGAAGAAUAUAGACCUCAGCGCUUUCACACAGCGACCGAAGGACGGGCCGAAAGGUAGUGGCUGGUAUGAGACGCUCACGCGUCGUGUCCAGCGAUGGUGGCGCGAGGGCCAUUUCCUUGAUGUCGGCGUCUUGGAGCAAUUGUUGCGAGCAAAUGUGGGAGAUCUGACGUUCGAUGAGGCAUACACCAGGACGAAGAGGGUACUGAACAUCACCGUGACUACUAGUGGUGGUGGCGGUGUGCCAAACCUGCUGAACUACCUAACAGCUCCGAAUGUGCUCAUCUGGUCUGCUGCGCUCGCCUCUAACGCUACCGCAUCCUCGACCCUUUACAAUCCCGUCGUUCUGAUGUGCAAAGACGAGUCCGGCACCAUCGUUCCUUGGUCUCCCGCCUCGGAAACCACCUUCCGCCCAUGGACACACGCCUCCUACGCCGACCGCCAAUCUCCGCUGCACCGUAUCGCCGAGCUGUUCAACGUCAAUCACUUUAUCGUCUCGCAAGCACGCCCCUACCUCGCCCCCUUUCUGCGCUCCGAUCUGCACCACCCCGACCCGCGCCAAGAUGGCCGCUGGAAACUCACCACCCCAUUGCUCAAACUCGUCGUCCUCGAGGUUCAGCACCGCCUGCACCAACUUGACGAACUCGGCUACCUCAGUCCCUCCAUUCGCCGCUUCCUGCUUGACGAACAUAUCCCCGGCGCAUCCCUCACUCUCGUUCCUUCCCUCACGCCCGCCGACUUCUUCCGCUUGCUCGAGAAUCCUACGAAAGAGGCCAUCGAUUACUGGAUUCUCAAGGGCGAGCGCAGCGUCUGGCCUGCUGUCACAGCGCUCAAGAUCCGCUGCGCGAUUGAGGUAGAGCUUGAUCGUGGAUACCAGCUUGUGCGCCGCCGCAAGCCGUUUGAGAGCGUCCGUAGUGGUGGGACAGGUCUGAGGAAGACAGGGAGUAGAGGGGAGGUUAGGUCGGCGCAUGGGAGUCAGGAGUUUGUGCAAGCGGGCAAGGCGCUGAGGAAGACCCGCGCUGAGAGCUUCGGGGGGUAGGGCUCCUCAAGCGAUGAGCUUGAGCUUUAUCGAUUCGGACUGUAAAUCGACGUUGACUGAGAGGGGCUAAAAAGUAUGUGAUCGCGUCUGACACUCAAUUCCUAAGUCAGGUUGCCGUAGUGUUAUGGGUAGGACUACAUUCAUGAAUCAAUGUCGAGCUUGACGCUUUAUGCGCGGCUCUUGAAAGUUGUUAGCAGUGUCGUGACAUAGCGCCAGUAUUGAUGCUGAGAUGAUUGAGCACAGUGAUUACACGGCCAAAUCGAUACGACGAAUAAAUAAUAAUCACCUGCUUUGGAGACAUAUAGGGUACCACAAGGGAG